AUGGCGGGGCCCGGUGAGAAGGCGGCGGGCGGAGGCGGGGGAGGCGAGAGGCGCAAGUACCCGAUCCACGUGGAGGACUACGAGCUCUACGAGGAGAUCGGGCAGGGCGUCAGCGCCAUCGUCUACCGCGCGCUCUGCAAGCCACUCGACGAGAUCGUCGCCGUCAAGGUUCUCGACUUCGAGCGCACCAACAGCGACCUGAACAACAUCAUGCGCGAAGCUCAGACAAUGAUUCUGAUAGACCACCCUAACGUUGUCAAGGCGCAUUGUUCAUUUGCAAAGGACCAAACGUUAUGGGUGGUUAUGCCGUAUAUGGCUGGAGGGUCCUGUCUUCACAUAAUGAAAUCAGUGCAUCCUACUGGAUUCGAGGAACCCAUCAUUGCAACGAUACUUCGUGAAGUCCUCAAAGGUUUAGAGUAUCUUCACCAUCAUGGCUCUAUACAUCGAGAUGUGAAGGCAGGAAAUAUUCUAGUCGAUUCUAGGGGUGGAAUUAAGCUUGGGGACUUUGGAGUCUCUGCUUGCCUUUUUGAUUCUGGUGAUAGGCAGAGGGCCAGGAAUACUUUUGUGGGAACGCCUUGCUGGAUGGCGCCCGAGGUUAUGGAGCAGCUACAUGGAUAUGAUUUCAGAGCAGACAUAUGGUCCUUUGGAAUUACUGCACUUGAACUUGCUCAUGGUCAUGCUCCUUUCUCUAAGUACCCUCCCAUGAAGGUCUUGCUUAUGACACUUCAGAAUGCUCCUCCAGGUCUUGACUAUGAAAGAGAUAAGAAAUUCUCAAGGAACUUCAAGCAAAUGGUUGCUAUGUGUUUGGUAAAAGACCCUUCAAGGAGGCCUUCGGCAAAAAGAUUGUUGAAGCAAUCAUUUUUCAAACAAGCUCGUUCCACUGAUUUCAUUGCACGAAAGCUUUUGGAAGGAUUACCUGGCCUUGGUGUUAGAUAUCAAGCUUUGAAGGAAAAGGAUCAAGAUUUAAUGGCUCAAAGGAAAAUGUCUGAUGGAAAGAAAGAAGAAAUCUCGCAGGAUGAAUACAAAAGGGGUAUUAGCAGCUGGACCUUCAACAUGGAUGACCUGAGAUCUCAAGCUUCACUGGGCACAGAAUGUGAAGACAGUAUAUCAUGCAAAGAUUCAGAUAUGUCUUUCUAUGACUUGGACAGCUUACAGGAUCAAGCAACAGAAGGGCCACAUUUGUCGAGAGAUAUCUCAACGAAGUAUGAUGCUGACAUUGAAAAUGAUAUGACAGCCAAAGAUAAGUCAGCUGUUUCAUCUCCUGAUCAGCCUGCUUGCUUGUUAAGGAAUGCUUCUAUGCAUGGGAUGCCCACAAACGGUUCUGUCAGGAAAGACAACUCUACAGAAAGCUUCGAUAUGGAAUGUCAAGAGAAACAUCCGGACAUUAUUCCAACUAGCUCAUCCCAUGAAAGGAAGUUUUCUUUUAGUUCUUGUUCAUCAGAUGGACUCCUUUCGUCCAAAGAGAGCUCGAGACAGCAAAGUAGCAUCCACAACCGUGACAAGUGUAAUGGAGCGCCCUUGCAUGUAUCAGAUGAAACAUCUCCUGAAGCUGCUCCUAAGGCACAUAAAUCAGCAGAGGACCAUGAUGAUAGAUCGAAACCUCCACUUAUAAGAGGUCGAUUUAAAGUUAUACCUGGGCAUGUUGACUUUGAUAAGGUUCAACCACCUGGCCUACAGAAGUGUCACAGCAUGCAGACAAUUUCUCGCCUUCCAUCAUUAAGUAUACCCUCUUCCGCAGAAGUUGCAUCAAACAUUAUUGGUGGCUCCUUCUACAUGCAGCUAUAUAGUAUUCUACAGACAAAUAUGCUUCAGAGGGACCAAAUACUUAACGCGAUGAAACAGGUGAGUGGUUGUGACAUGGCUUCACCAGGCAUACCUUCUAUGGCUUCGCAGUGUAUCCCUUCCACAAGUCGCUCGACAUCUCCAUCAGGUGCAGUGUCGGUUGACAGAUCCAUGUUGGAAGCUGCAUAUGAAAGGGAGAAAGAGCUACUGAAUGAGGUCUUGGAGCUGCAAUGGCGAUCUGAUGCUGAAGCUGCUAAGGGGGCAUUAAGGGCGCAUUGUGGCAAGAUGAUCUGUUGA